CUGUGAGAACAAGGCAAUAUUCAUAUUGUUUGAUUCUAAUUCAACAGUCACAGAACAGGUCGUUUUCGUUACAAAACCUUUCACGGUUAGAAUCAUUCAAGUAGGCACAGCACAGUCUUUUCUUCAAAAUUGGAUAUAAGAUGGAUCAACGGCUUCCGGGGGAAAUUCUUUUACUUUCGCUUUUGAGCAAAUUUGAUAUUGUAAUUUUUUAAAAAAUCAAUAAAUUAUAUUCUAUUUUUGACUUUCAUUAUUUAAAAAAUUUUAUUUUUUGCUGAUAUUUUUUCAUUAUUUUUUUUAAACUAAAAUUUUUCUUUCAAGCCGCAGAGGAAAUAUGCUCCAACGGCAAAGACGGAGACUUUUCCUUUUUUGUUCGUUGACUAUUUUUGUUAUUUUUUGCCUUCUUUGGCUAAAUUCCUUUAAUUGUUUUAAUUAUUUUGAAAGAACUAUUAUUUCCAAUCCUAUUAAAUCUUCUGUUGAUUACAAUAAAAUAGAUGAAUUGGCUUAUUUGAAUCCAUUUAUUUUUAUUGGUGGAAUUCCAAGAUCUGGAACAACAUUAAUGCGUGCAAUGUUAGAUGCUCACCCAGAUGUUAGAUGUGGAGAGGAAACUCGAAUAAUUCCCCGUGUAUUGGCUUUGCGUGCUCAAUGGAAAAAGAGUGAAAAAGAAUGGAGGAGACUUCAAGAAGCCGGUGUAAACGAAAAAGUAAUCAAUUCAGCAAUUUCUUCAUUUAUUGUAAAUGUAAUAAUUGGACAUGGUGACCCAGCACCUCGUUUAUGCAAUAAAGACCCAUUUACAUUAAAAUCAACAGUUUAUCUGUCUGAAUUAUUUCCAAAAGCAAAAUUUAUUUUUAUGAUAAGGGAUGGAAGGGCAACUGUUCAUUCAAUAAUUUCAAGAAAAAUUACAAUUACUGGAUUUGAUUUAAAUGAUUUUAAACAAUGUUUACAGAAAUGGAAUGCUGGAAUUGAGGUAAUGAAUGAACAAUGCAAGCAGGUUGGAGAAGAAAAAUGUUUAAAAGUUUAUUAUGAACAGCUUGUUUUACAUCCUGAACAAGAAAUGCGUAAAAUUUUGGACUUUUUAAAUUUACCUUGGAAUAUGUCUGUUUUACAUCAUGAAAUGUUUAUUGGAAAUAAAAUUUCCCUUUCUAAAACUGAGAGAAGUACAGAUCAAGUAAUUAAACCAGUAAAUUUAGACGCUCUUUCAAAAUGGGUUGGAAAAAUCCCUGAAGAUGUGGUUAAUCAAAUGGAUGAAAUAGCACCGAUGCUUAAAGUGCUCGGUUAUGAUCCGAAUGCCAAUCCUCCAAACUAUGGAAAGGCUGAUGAUUUUGUCCGAAUAAAAACUGAACAAAUUCAUAAAGAUGAACAAAAAUGGUAUGAUAAAGCAAAGGAGUUAGUUAUUGACCCAGAAAAGUUACAAAAACCUCACCAGGAAAAUGAAGCCUCAAAUCAGAAUAAUUUGACUGCUUUGGCUGGAUAG